UUUGAUUAAGACGUUCCAAGCCUAUCCAUUUAUUUGCGCGCUUUCACGUUUUGUUGGCUCAGAUUUCGCCGUGUAGUGAAGUUUUACAAUGAGAGUGAACGGAAAUUUGCUUCCCAGGUACCAGAGGAAGACUGUAUUUCUACUAGGACGGGUGCUCCAGAGUGACCCCAAGGGAAUGUCGUUCAAGAUCGAAUCCUCCGACAACCAAGUCAUUCAAGUCAUUCUAAAGUCUCCACUUCAAGAGCCAGUGGAGGGCUUUGUUGAAGUUGAAGGAGAGGUUACCGCCAAGAAUGCCAUUUUGUGCUCGGAUUAUGUAUUGCUUUCCCCUUCCGUGACGGAAAAGUUUGACAUGGCUACUUAUAACAAAGUUAUCGAGGUGAUCCAUGCCCAUCCAUCACAUUAUCCAGUUCAAAGCAUCUAACAUUCUUCCUGUAUUUACAUUUAUAAAUUAUUUUGACACUUUG